UGUUCCCCAGAUUUUGCCCAUGAUUUCCUUCUCAUGCUUAUUUGCAAAAGAUUACACACAUUCAUCCCAACAUAGAUUAAAACAGCUUCCAGAGCCCUUGAGGGCAACUGUCUUAGAGUAACCUCUCUGUGGGAAGAGUAACUUUAUGAACUAUAAGUAUGUGGAAGAGUGUUGGAGAAAUGUCUUUAGACUUAUGAUCAGAAAUAUCUAUGUAUUCUGUAUGUUUACAUUAUCGAAAUAUAUUGAUAACAAAUUAUCUGCACACACACCCCUGGUUCCAGGAGCCCAGUGAUGAGGAAACUCAGCAAGAGGAACUACCAACUGAAAGUCAGGAUCCUACACCUGGUGAGGAGAGAGAAGAUCGGGGUGCAGCUGAGAUUCAAGUACCUGACCUGGAAGCUGAUCUCCAGGAGCUGUCUCAGUCAAAGACUGGGGAUGAAUGCAGAGAUGGUCCCGAUGACGAGGGGAAGAUUCUGCCAAAAUCAGAGCAAUUUAAAAUGCCAAAAGGAGGUGACAGGUCACCACAGGUUUAAACGAAGACAAGCUGAAACAACACAAACUGUUUUUAUCUAAAAUAUUUGACUUAAAAAUAUCUAAAUAAACUUUUGCAGCUUUCUCC